GUUCGGAGUUCGUUUGAAGCAAUUUGAAAUUUGAAUAUUAUCAAAAGUUAAUUCCGUCAUAUUGUAUAUAAGUAAAUACGAUUAACGAGAAAUGAUCCUUUGUUACAACAAAUUACCCGAUAAUGGCUACAAUAUCAAAUUUUAACGUGGACUUUAAAUCUGAAAAAACCAUCCACAAACGCAGGUCGUCGGUUUUCCACGCGCGGCUUUCUAUAGCCCACAAUCACCAAAAAGACGACAUUGAAGUUAUAACUAAUGGAAACAGAUCAAAUAAAAAAGAAAAAGAAUGCAAUGCAAAGGAUACUGUUGAAGCUUUCAAUCUGAGGGAAUAUAUAGAUAAACUCAGGCAGGAGCGAAAGGACUGGCAACAGGAGUAUAGAAAUCGCAAAGAUCAACGGAGAAACUUGACCAAGCAGAAAAUAAGCACAGAGGGACAGGAACAGGUUCUCGACAUAAAUGUACUGACAGAAGCCGAAAAAGCUUUUGUCUUGACACGUCCCAAUUAUGAACACAUCUGCAAAAAUAGCCAGAAAUUAUUAGACGUGGCGUUAAAAAUAUCUACGCUUAGUCAACAUGUACAUAAACUGAAUCAAAAAUUCAUGGAAAGAAUGGAAGGCAAUAUAUUAAGGGCCACUGCAAAUAUUAUUAAGAUCUCAGAAAAAUGAAGCAGAUCAGCAGUAGUUUUAGGAAUCGUUUAUUUUUUCAAUUCUACAAAUUUACAGACAAUAAGAGCAUCAUAAUAAAAAUAUAAAUAACAUUUAAUUAAAUAUAACACUAAGCAUGAUUGAUUAUACAAUACUGAUUUGUGGAUUG